GCAAAGCGGAUCAGCUUGGGUAGAAAUGUAGAGGAUCCACCUCGGCAUGGUUCACAACGCCAAUGGUGCGCAUUACGCCGUUAAAAGAGAUUGAACCUCCUCUCUCACUGUCAUCAUAUAAAAAGAUUUUUUAAAUUUUUUUAAUCUUUUAUAAAAUUUUUGCUGUGAUUUUAUUAUUCAACCCUCACUCUCAAAUCCGCGUUCACCAUAUAAACGCUGCUCGUCGUUUCACGUAAAAGCAACCUACCGACGAUCUCCUCCUCCUCCUCCUCCGCUUUCUCUCUCUAUCACCAUUUUUUUCCCUUGCUUCUCCGGCACCUCAAAUUCCGUCGUGUUUGCGGCAAAUGGUGACGGAGGACAACAGCGAGAGCUGUGGCAGUAAAGCGUACGACACGUCGUCUCCGGUUCAGUCUCGGCAGCAGAGGCAGAAGCUUGAGGUCUACAAUGAGGUUCUUCGUCGCCUCAAGAACUCCAACAACGACGAAGCUAUUCGACCUGGCUUCGACGAUGAACUUUGGGCUCACUUCAAUCGCCUCCCCACUCGGUACGCAUUGGAUGUGAAUGUGGAGAGGGCAGAAGAUGUGCUUAUGCACAAAAGAUUACUGCAUUUGGCUCAUGAUCCUGCUCAUAAACCAGCGAUUGAAGUCCGGCUUGUACAGGUUCAUCCCAUCCCAGAUGGGAAUACAGCUGAUUCUAUCCAUUCAGAUUCUGUGGGUGAAGAUGCUGCCCAAAGUUCAAAGUUAUCUAGCAGACAUAGUAUACAUCCUCCUCCAGCUUUUGGCUCAUCUCCUAACCUCGAAGCCCUUGCACUUGAAGCAAAUACAGCUAAUGAUGAGGAUGACGAACAUUCUGUGCAUGGUAGCACAGAGUUGACUCGGCCCAUGCAUGAAAUCACUUUCUCAACAGACGACAAGCCAAAACUACUCAGUCAGUUGACUUCGUUGCUUGCGGAGAUUGGGCUGAACAUCCAAGAAGCACAUGCUUUUUCCACAUUAGAUGGUUACUCCUUGGAUGUCUUUGUUGUUGAUGGCUGGCCUUAUGAGGAAACAGAACAGCUUAAGACUGCAUUGGAAAAGGAAGUUUUGAAGAUUGAGAGUCCGUGGCCACCAACUCAUCGAUCAUCAUCUUCUAGUAGCGAGCAUGAUCAAAUAAGGGUCAAAUCUGAACCACCUACUCAUCUCACAAUACCCAAUGAUGGGACUGAUGUAUGGGAGAUUGAUCCUAGACAGUUGACGUUUGGUAACAAAGUUGCAUCUGGAUCCUGUGGUGAUUUAUAUAAAGGUACAUACUGUACUCAAGAAGUGGCCAUUAAAGUCCUCAAGCCUGAGUGUGUAAAUUCAGAUAUGCAUAAAGAUUUUGCCCAGGAAGUCUAUAUUAUGAGGAAAGUUCGACAUAAGAAUGUUGUACAAUUCAUUGGUGCAUGUACCAAGCCUCCAAGCUUGUGCAUUGUGACAGAGUUUAUGUCUGGUGGAAGUGUAUAUGACUACUUGCAUAAACAAAAGGGUGUUUUUAAGCUCCCAGCCUUGCUCAAGGUAGCAAUUGAUGUUUCCAAGGGAAUGACCUACUUGCACCAGAAUAACAUAAUCCACAGGGAUUUAAAAGCUGCCAAUCUCUUGAUGGAUGAAAAUGAAGUUGUUAAGGUUGCUGAUUUUGGGGUUGCCAGAGUAAAAUCUCAAUCUGGAGUAAUGACAGCAGAAACUGGGACUUAUCGGUGGAUGGCUCCAGAGGUUAUAGAACACAAGCCAUAUGAUCACAAGGCUGAUGUUUUUAGCUUUGGGGUUGUGUUAUGGGAGUUACUGACAGGAAAGCUUCCGUAUGAAUACUUGACCCCAUUACAAGCAGCUGUUGGAGUUGUCCAAAAGGGCUUACGGCCGACUAUCCCAAAGAAUACGCAUCCAAAGCUUGUUGAGCUGCUUGAGAAAUGCUGGCAACAAGACCCAGCAUUAAGACCUGACUUCUCGGAAAUCAUAGAAAUGCUGCAGCCGUUAGCCAAAGAGAUCAGCGAUGAAGGAGAAGAAAAACGCAAAUCAUCAGGAGGAUUUCUGUCCGCCCUUAGGCGUGGUCAUCACUAAUCGAAGGCACAUAGAUGUUUAUAACAUGAGCAAAGGAAUUUACCUUGCGUGGCAUUCCCCCAACCAUUUCUCUCACAUACCAUGUACAGUAUUACGUUAUCUUUGACCAACUUAUUUCCUCCGUCUGAUUUGUUAGAGCACAUUUUUUGGACCAACCAUUCCCUUUAUAUUAUUUUUGUGAUUUAUCGUAGCACUCAACAGUUAACAACAAAGACGAUGGUUCGGAUGAGCUUUGUAACUAUGCAAAUAUCCAAGAGGCUUUACAAUGACAGCAUAUUGUCGUGAAAAUUUCUUUGACCAAUUCCUUGGCUUUGCAAUUAGCUGGCUUUUACUUUUGGAUUUCUUACUGUUAUUCAAUCAUAUGGAGUUUUCUAUA